AUGUUGUUGGACACUUCGAGCAGCCUCUCGACUACCCGAAAAGAAGAUAUUGGUACGAUAUUGGAAGAUAUUUAUGUUGAUGUCUAUUUUUCUGCGGAUCAAACUUUGCCCUACAUGUAUUCUACCGUUUCAGUAGCGACGAUUUCAGUCUUCAACAAAAAUGGAAACCCGAGCACGACAACUGAUUUAACUUCACAAGUUACCACUACCAGCUCUACGAAAACAGACAAUAUGCAUGUAUCUACAGAAAUUGUUGUUCAACUUCUGGCGACAUCGCAUAGUUCUAUUAGCAGGAUAUCUACCUUAUCUGGUACCUCAAACCCGAUUACGUCGUCGUCAACGGAGUUGUCACGAUCAUCUUCGACAAGCGAAAUUGUUGAUAAGCUAUCUACUACUGGUGGUGCAUCUAACGAUAUUGUUGGUGUAUCAAUUGGUCUUCCUAUUGGGGUAUUUUGCUUCGGAUUAAUUUUAAUUCUUGUCUUCCUUUGGUAUAGAAAUCAUCGCAAGAGUUAUUCGUUCAGUGAGAAGCAACAAAUUAAUAAUAAUGAGACACAUAAGAAGUGCUAUCAAUCCUGGUUUUCAGGUAGAAAGGCGAAUCCACCAAAACGUCGCAAGCAUGAUGCAGAAUUAGGCAUCGUAGGCGAUAAUUAUGAUACUGACAAUAUGCUUGAUUAUAAAAUAACAAGGAUAGAUCAUAACCCUUACAAAACUCACGUUGAAACACCACAAAAGACUUUAGGACCACCAAAUCGAAGCCUCAGUUCACAACAAAUAAACACUCUUCUUUACACACAGCCUCCAGGAAUCCAGCAUAUUCAAUCAGAGCUGCCGAGCUCAAGUUCGGCACAGUUCAACGUAUCCUCAGGUCAAAAUGAUCCUGAAAACUUUUCCAGAGCUAGAAAUUGGAACUAUGAAUCGCCGUUAUCGCGAUGGUUUUUGACAAAGUCAACUUAUUUACAAGAUCAAGUGAUGCCAAGUCUUAAGACACCAACUGUAAAGCUGAAGCACCUUCGCAUCUUGUCUAGAGUGGGUAAACAUAAUGUGCAGAGCAUUUUAGUGGAUGAGAAAUCUCCUAUUUUAGAAAAGAAGGCUAGUCCUCUGUCAGCCAGUCCGCCUCAAGAGGGUAGUUCCAGGCUAGAUCCUCUAGUGUUCAGAAGUUCGUCACUAAAGUGCAAUAAGCCUGAUUUUAAUGGUAAGUCGCAAGAGACUGACAAUACUCAAAGGGACUCGCAUCUUUUCACUACUGCUGAAUUUGCAAAAUAUAAUCCAUAUUCAAAAAAGCUGGUUUUAAGUACCGUUAUAAAACCUCAGACAAUUGACGAUCCAAAAUUGGACAUAUCCACUCGGAUGAUUAAGUCUGUGCCGAAAAAUACUCGAAUUAAGGAUGGACACCAACGAUUUGAUAUAAAAGAGAAGCCUUUGGAAAAGUACCUCACUAAAAUUGGCACUGACAAACCACUUCCUAAGACUCCUAAAAGUGCUCUGGUUUCUGAAGAUCCCAAUAUAAUAAAGAAUAUAAUCGGCGCCAAAUUUCAGUCCAAAAGUUUGGCCAAAAAUGAGAAUAAUGAAGAUACUGAAGAUAAUAAUGCCACAGAAAAACUAAGCGACAUUAGCGUUGUAGUACGCGAAUACACUCCUAGACUUGUUGAUGAGAUACAUAUCACGCAUGGGGAAUACGUGAGAGUACUGGCAAGACAUACGGAUGGAUGGUGCUUGAUUGAAAAAUGCAAGAGGGAUGGCACUCUCAUCAAGAAAAAUGAUGUCCAACACGACCAUAUUGACGGAAAGCAUUACCUGAACGAUUACAGGGGAAUUGUGCCUGGCGUUUGUCUUCGAGCGCUUUGA